AUGGCCAGCUCCUUGAGCCCGUGGCAGCGCCUGGUGAAGCGGAUGAUCUUCUUCACCAAGCUGGACGCCGACGGCUCGUACCGUGCCCUGAAGGAGGUGUGUGAGAAGAUGGGGUACGGCUGGAAGAAGAGUUGCACCAACCAGGUCACCAUCUCAACCAUGGACAGGAGGAACAACAAACUCAUCUUCAAGGUGAACCUGGGGGAGAUGGAGAGCAAGAUCUUGGUGGAUUUUCGCCUCUCCAAGGGCGAUGGCCUGGAGUUCAAGAGGCACUUCCUGAAGAUCAAGGGCAAGCUCAGCAACAUCGUCAGCACCCAGAAAGUCUGGCUGCCCGCCACGUGAGCCCCAGCACCCCGCCUGCCUCCUCAUCCUCUUCCUCCUCCUCCUGCUGUGGGGGCACCCGACUGACCGCACACUUCAGGCUUUAAGGGUUCAGUAAAGCCCUUGGAGAGACAUGAAGCGAUCCACUUGCUGCAAGGGGGAGGCUGCAAUGGGUCAGUGGGUCGCAUCCUGCCAUGGCCACCAGAGGGUGCUGGCAUGGACUCGUAGGUGCACUGAGGAGGGGGGGUGAUGCAAAGUGGGGACCUUGGGGUGCUCCAGUGAUUAGAAAAGGCAUUAAAUAAAGCCAAGAAAUAGGCAAUUAGGGAUUAA